AUGACUACGACGGCGAACCAUCGGACCGCUAACAUGGCCCCCGAACCGGAGGAAGACAUCGCGGCCAUCGCGAAACAGAUAUCGGACCACGCCGAGGCCAUCUACCAGACGUGGAAGGCCCGCGGCCUGGCGCCCAACGAGAUAUUGACGUGCCAUCGCGACUCGUCGGCAGUCGACAAGUUCGGUUCCGUGCUGACCCCUCAGCCCGCCGUGAAACCCGCGGCGGCGACGACGGCCGCAACGACAACCGCUGCGGACACACACAAACUGUUGGCCGACCCGAACACCAACAGUUUGGAGCGGCUGGUGAACAAGUUCGUGGUGGAAGACAAGGCCCGACUGGCGGCCCGGCAGUCCCGGUCGCUGUCGCCCAAGCCGUUCGCUUCGUCCAUCCAGUACGCGCUGCAGAAAUUCGAACAAAAGGCGUCCAGUCCCGAACAGUCCAGGCCGGGCGGCGGUGCCGUCGGUGUCGGUGCUGGCGGCGGCGUCAAGCGAUACAGCAAGUCGCCGAUAAAGAGCUAUCAACCCGACGACUUUGGGUCGACCGGCAAAAACCACACGGCCGCCGCCGGCAACGAUGCGCCCGCGACCUCUUGGCCCUUCCGGAACAACAACAACGGCAGCAAAAAGCCGUCCUCGGCAGAAUGUCAAAACUCCAACUUCAUGGACGAGGUGGCCAAAGAAGAACAGCGACUGAUCGACGCGCUGAAAACCGGAUCGGUAAUCGAGACGUGCAGCCGAAAGAGCAGCGGCGUGAAACCCGCCGUGCCCAGCAAGGAAGGCGUGCUGCUCCGCGCGGCCGCCGGUUACGACACGGGCACCGGCGCCGCCGUCAACCGUGCCAAACCGGAAUUCCUCAUCGGACUGUCCGCGCUCAGCUCGUCCCGGCGGAACCAGCACGCGCACCGACAACAAGAACAGGUGCCGCAUCCGGAGCUCACCGAUCACCAGCGGGCCAACAUUCGGUCCAACCAUCACCAUCAGUCGAACCCGGUACGGCCGUUCCUGACGCGCGGCUCGGUCGCCGAGCGCGUGCUCAUAUUCGAAAAGUGUCCCACCGAGCUGAUGAAAAACUCGACGGCCAACUCGGCGCAGACCUGGAGGAAUAUCGGUUCGGACGUGCACGGCAAAAUUCAAGUGAGUGUACAUACGAUUAUUGUACGCGCCUCGUCGCCGGAAACGCCGUGUCGUAACACUCGCGGCGCCCGUGUUUAGUGUGUGAGAGAGAAAGAGAGAGAGAGAGUGAGUGAGAGGGUGGGAGGGAAGGAGAGGGAGAGGGAAAGGGAGAAUAUAAUCGAUGCGCGUAUAGGUGUGAAUAAUAUAAUAUCAAAGUGAAGGAUAGAUGCAUUUUUCCACCCACUGGCCGGUCUUGGCGAGCGCGUGUGCGUAUCUGUUUAGUAGUAGACAGGUAGGUAUAAUAGUAAUAAUAUUAAAUUAUUUACCGGUGUGGACCGUACGUGCAAUAGUAAUAAUAACAUAAUGGGUACACCGCAGUUAAGGAUUACAAGUGGGUUUGAGUUUUCGUUGUAAAACGCGGGAGAGGGAGAUUGUUGCGAGGCGGUUUUUAUUUUAUUUUUUUUUUUUUUCCUAUUAUUUUACAAAGUCACAAGUGAAUGUGUUCCACAGUCGCCGCUGCUGGGUCAACAUGUGUUCGUUUAAUAAUAAUAAUAAUAAUAACGGCUACGACUACGACGACGACAACGAUAAUAAUAAUAAUAUAACAGCAACGCCAGUUUAGUUUUAUAAACAUGUUAACGCAUCGCGCGAACAGUCAGUGGCCUUCGUCAUUGCGUUCGUAUAGUAUUUUUGCAAAAGUUGUCCGGCGGUCGCGUUACUAUAUUCCCGCUCGCGUCGUGACCGCCGCCGACGCCGCGGUCCGCUCCGUUCGGCGGUUUUAUUUUAAUCGUUUUUUUUUUUUUUUUUUUCUGUUUUUCGUUUUAUUUUUCUCGUCCCGUUCUGUCCAUCGCGCCCAGCGACAACAACGGCAAUCGGUAUUGCCCGUCCGCGUGAUAUUUUUUUAUGUCUUUUUUUUUUUUUGCUGUUAUUUCCCCCCCCCCACCCAUCGUUAUUUGUAGUUUAACCGUACGCGAAUUGUCGGUAUAAGGUCGUUUCGGCGCGGUCCGGCCGGGCGCGUGGGCCUCGGCGAUAUCGUUCAAGCGGGAAAAUACCGAGAAAAAUAACAACAACGAGGUAUAAUAUUACGAGAUGCGCGUCGCGCCGCCGCCGCAGUGGCCGCGCAGGUGAUCGCGCGUCUCGUCGCGGACCGCGUUUUCCCCGGUAAAAUGUGAUAAUGUUGAAAUGGUAACCAGCGUGCGAUCGUGGUGCUACGCGUGUCAGAUACUCGUGUUACAGAACGGCGAUGCCGGCGGCGACCGGGACGAGUCGGUCCGGCAGCCCAGAUUUCCGUACAGACCCUGGAAACAGAGGUUGCCCAGGUCCUACAACAAGGUACCGUCGCGUAAUGUGUACAUACAGUGCGUCCAGAGCGCGGCUCUGCGGUUGUUUUUUUUUUUUUUUUUCGUUUUUUAGAUUCCGAGGUAGUUUUACCGAAUAACCCCCCCCCUCUCUCCCCCUCGUGUGCGUUCCGUUUCCGUUCCCUUCCGCGGAAAACGGCUUUUCUCCGAGAAAUCUCGCCCCGGCCGAAACGCGCGACGACCGGACGUUUUUUCGUCGCGUUUCGGCCCCCCCUCCCCCCUCCCACGGUACAUUUGCAGUAAAGGUCGUCGUUUUUGUUUUUUUUUUUUCCCUCUCGAAAUUCUCGUUAAUAUUCGAGAUCGUGACGGACAACAACCGGUUCUUUAGGUCGAAAAAAAUUAAAUAUUUACCUGAGGUUGUCGAUGUUGCUGGCGGCCGUUUUUUGUUUAUAGUUUUCCGUUAUUUUAAUCGGUUUUUUUUUUUAAUGUUUUUCGAACAAUCGUCGUGAAAAAACGCACGUUGCCGAGAAAGCAUCACUGUUUGACCGAGCUCCGCUCAGAAUCGUCGUUUUCGUUAGCAAUUUCGAUUGACCGUUGCUCUCCUGCCCGUACUUCACGCCUACAACAACGCGGUUCUGAAUGAGAUUGCGAAGAGGAAAAAAAAAACCGUUUACGAGAAACGUGUCCGUGCGACGAUUAAAAUAAUUAUCGAAUAUCAUCAAAAAUAAUCCGGUGGUUAGGUAUUCACCUCGGUUAUUACUGGUCGUAAAUGUAUUCUCGUUUGUCUCUCUCGUCGAACGCCGUCGGGUUUUUCGCUCGGCGUACAGAAAAAGGGUGCGGACAAAUACCACGGAACCCGAUGUCCGUGGUCACUACCGUGAAAAAAUAAUAAAUAAUACCACGUAACUGCAGGUACUGUUGCGUCCGAUUUCGAAGACCUUUGCAAUUGCGUAGAGCUGCCGUAUGACAAGGUCCGAUAUUAUCUCGUUCGUUCGUACCGUAGACAUGCGUGCGUUGAUCGGUCUUUGUUCGAGUGCGUGAUAAUAUUAUUGCGAAUCCGAUACACGGUAUUCUAGUUUUUUUCGAAUAUUUUUUUAUUUUUUUUUUUUCAUUUCUUCUACGAUUUUUAUUACGACCGCGUUUCAAAUACGGCUCGCGCGUCCGCGUGUAUAAUGAAUAAUACGUUGUUGUUGGGUAAUGGACGGAUUGUGCGAAAAAAAUCUUUGGGUCACGUGCGCACGAUAUUUAAAACAUUUGUAAAUAAUUAUGAACGCACCCCCUCGACAUAGUACGCCAUCUACACGGAACUAUCUAUUGAAAACGCCGAAAUAGCUCUGGAGUUAUUAUUAUAAUAUGUACCCGCUUGACGUUUCGUUGUUUCUUUUCCAAAUGGAAAGUAUACAUUUUCUAUUUUUAUAAAAGUUUUAAACGUGUAUUAUACCGUUUGCAUGUAGAUAGACUGCUGUUAUCAACUACUGCUGUUUAAAGGUUUAUUUUGAAUUUCUAUUUGCUCGCGCGUGCAUAUAUUAAAAUGAUAAUACGAAUCGAUUAUCACGUAUCGUUUGAUUGUUUCAGAAUUACUCGAAAGAAACGAAUCAGAAACCUGGCGCACCUCCACCACAUACUACAUUACAAAGACACACAAAAGCUAAUCGUAAUGUUUUCAUUCCUAGGUAAUGAUACCGGUUUAAAUAUUUUAAUUUAUUUCGAUUGAAUUUGAAUUGAGAAAUAAUUUUUUUUUUUUUUUUCCUGUAGAUUUUAUUAUCCAUUUGGCAAACCUGAAAGUCAACAACAGUGGGAUACAGUUGUCAAAACAAUCACAGACUUUUUCCUAUCGUUACCGAAUUCACAAGCUUCAAAACAUCAUUUUGGUCAAAUUUCAAAGGUACCUAACACCAUAGAUUAAAUAUUAUACUAAGCACAGGGCCCUAAUAACACUUUUCAGUGCCUCUAUCCACACAAAAUUACCUCCUCUUAUUAGUCUACCCAUAUCAAUUUUCAUUAAAAUUCUAUAUUUUCAUAAUACAGUGAAAACUCUAAAUACCGGACACCCUUAAUCACUAAAAUUGUGUGCAGUAUCCAGAAAAGAAAAAAAAUAAAGUGCAUUUUAAUAACCAUGUUUAUACAAUAAUAUAUUGAUAUAUAUGUUAUAUAAUAUAUAUAUAUAAUUUAUGUAAUAAAUGUCAUAAUUUAUUCAACAUAAUAAUGAUAUUAUUUAUUUGUAUAUGUUAUUAUUUAGAAUUAUUUAAAUCGCGAAUUAUCAAAUUUGUAUUUUACUUUUAAUUUUCACCCAAAUUUCUCACUUUUAUCUAUACAUUACAUAAUUAUUUUUAAUUUAAAAUAAAAAUGAUUUAAAUCAAAAGUUAAACUGCCACAUAAGUGUUUGUUAUAUAGAGUGUCCCAUAUUUAAAGGUUUCCCUAUAGAUCGCAGUGAAAAUAUCCCCAUUUCCAAAAAAAAUGUCCACUAUUUAGAGAUGCCUAUUAAGGAAUGUUUCACUAUUUAUGAAAUCUGGAUUUAACACCCCUUUCUGUCCUCACAAAUGCUUAUAGGCUCCUGAGCCAGUCUUGCCAAGCCCUAGAUACAACGUUGACUAAUUAUAUUAAUUAAGAAUUACAUAUAUAUAUAUAUAUAUAUAUAUAAUCUGCUAACUGAUGUUUUAUUAUUAUUUUUGUUACAGUUAUGUAACUGCCCGCUUUAUUGGAAACAACCUUUGUUCUUUGCCUGUGGUGGUGACGUAACCAGUACAAUAGAUGUAAACACCUUCCUUAGUUAUUGGAAAGAGUAAGAUUGAUUUAUUAAUUAUUAUUAUUAUAUUUAGUACUUAUGUAAUAUUUCUUAAUCGAUUAUAUAGUGUAUGGUCUUCUUGCCACGAUUUGCCUUCAAAAUUUAUACGCAUUUUGUCAAGAAACUCAAAAAAACAAUCGUUAUCACCUGAAAACUUCAUCUUAUUAGUCCAAGAUGUGGUCGACUCGCAUCCUGGUUUAACAUUCCUGAAAACUGCACCAGAGUUCCAUUCAAGAUAUGUCCACACUGUAAUAAUUAUUACUUUCAAAUAUUUGUAAACUUACGUGCUCAUAAAAUUAUACAUUCUGUUAUAUUGUAGGUAAUAUCAAGGAUAUUCUAUACUGUAAACACAUCAUGGAGUGGCGACCUUAGUCUAGCAGAAAUCAGACGAUCUGAUCUUAUGCGUGUUAUUGACUUAUUAGAAAAAGAAGAAGACAUCAACCAAGUAACUGCCUACUUCAGCUAUGAACAUUUCUAUGUUAUCUACUGCAAGUUCUGGGAGCUGGAUCGUGAUCACGAUUUAUUUAUUAGUAAAUCUGAUUUAGCCAGACAUAGUGAUCAUGGUAAAUUCCAUAACCAUUUAAUAACAGUUUAUAGAAAUAUUAACAAAUAAUUCUAAUUGGUUAUUUUGCUAUUUAAUUGUUCAGCUUUGUCUACAAGAAUAAUAGAUAGAAUAUUUUCUGGGACUGUUACCAAAAAGAAGCAAAAGAAUUCUAAUAAUAAUUAUAUGGAAGAAAAAAUGAGUUAUACAGAAUUUGUAUGGUUCCUAAUGGCUGAAGAAGAUAAACGACAUCCUAGAGCUGUUGAAUACUGGUUUAGGUAAAUUAUUGUCUACUAUUUAUUUUAAAAUUGUAUUAUAAAUUUACAUAUAAUUAUUUUAGAUGCAUGGAUAUUGAUGGUGAUGGAUAUUUAUCUAUGUAUGAGCUUGAAUAUUUCUAUGAUGAGCAGUUGCAAAGAAUGGAAAGCAUAGGAAUUGAAUGUUUGCCUUUUGAAGAUUGCUUAUGCCAGGUAUUAAAUACAAAUGAUUACUUUUUAAAAAUAAUAUUACUUUUUUUUAGCAAUAGUGUUUUAACCUAACAAAUAUUUAAUACGUGAUUCAUACAGAUGCUUGACAUGAUUAAACCAAAAUGUUCUGGUAAAAUAUCAUUGGCUGAUCUCAAAGCAUGCAAAAUGACACCAAUAUUUUUUGAUACAUUCUUUAAUCUUGAAAAGUACCUAGACCAUGAACAACGUGACCCAUUUGCUUCGCAGAGGGAUAAUGAAAAUGAAGUGAGUUACAAAUUAUUCUUAUUUAAAAAUUGAAGUUAGUUUUAAAUUUACUAAAUAAUACACAAUUUUAAGCUUAACGAAAAUGGAAAUAAAUAUUAUAAGGUUGGUAAUUUAGUCAUCUACCUACAAUUUGUAGAUUUAUUAUUAUGCGUUACUUUGUUGAGUUAGUUACAUUAUUUUGUGUAAUAUUUCAGGCAUCUGAUUGGGAUAAAUAUGCUGCUGAAGAGUAUGAAAUGUUAGUUGCCGAAGAAGGAGGAAACGAUGCUCCCGAGGAAAUGUAAGCUAUUUCUAUUUUUAUAAUAUUAUUGUAGUAUGAUACAAAAUUAUUAUCUGUGGAUUCUAUCACCUGAAAUUAUAAAAAAAACAAUGGUGAUAAUAUUAUUACAGAAUAACAGAUGAAGACAUUUGAGGGGAAAAAUGUAUAGGACAGUGGUAAGUGGCUGUGGUCUGUUGUGACGUCCUUCACUGUUGAUUAGCACAACCCUAUAAUUUUGUAACACUCCCUUUUUAACUAUACAAUUAUUCUUUAGUUUUGGUGUUUUAUUUAUUUUUCAAUUUUUUUUUUUUUAUAUAUAAUCACAGUAGUACUAAUUAUCUCACACCCUAUAACAGCAACAGGUUGUUGUGUUUACUUUAGCAUUAGUAAUUAUUUUUAUAAUUCAUUAAAAUGAAAAAUAUGUUUUUAUUAGAAAUGGAACGGAUAUUGAAGAUAUUCUAUCGCCUAAUCUGGAUGACGUGUUGAAAUCAUGUACAUUUAAUAAAAUAUCCAAUCAGCCAAGAGUAUUGGUUACCGAUUUCUCUUCACCAUCUAAUAUGUAUGAUGAAAACGAUUCAUCUGACUAUGCUGGUGAUAGCGAUGACGAUAUUUAG